AUGGUCAUGGCGCUGGUCCUGCCUGAACAGCACUGCAUCACUACUGUUAAUGUGCGUAGCGAGAUGGAGACCCUGGUGAGGGAGCACGGAGUGAACUCUUUCCAGAUGUUCAUGGCCUACAAAGAUACGAUGAUGCUCAGGGACUCGGAGCUCUACCAGACGCUGCAGACCUGUAAAGACAUCGGGGCCGUCGCUCGAGUCCACGCUGAGAACGGAGAGCUGGUGGCAGAGAAACAAGGCUUCAGUGGACCGGAGGGUAAGGUGGUCCACGCAGAGACCACGGUGGCUCACGCCGUGCUGAACGGGAUGCAGUAUUACCGUCAGGACUGGGUUCAUGCUGCCGCCCACGUUGUCGUCCCUCCUCUCCGCCUCGACCCCAACACGCCAGGCUACCUCAUGGGCCUGCUGGGAAACGACUCUCUGAGUGUUGUGGCAUCAGAGCACCGUCCAUUUAGCAUCAAGCAGAGGGCUUUGGGCAAAGACGACUUCACAAAGAUCCCUCACGGAGUGGCUGGAGUCCAGGACAGGAUGAGUGUCAUUUGGGAGAGGGGAGUGGUACGUACAAACACACGCACACAUGUACACAUAUACACACUUAAGCUGUAAACCUGCUCGUGCUUAUUAUGUAGCGUGCA